GCUAAUUUCCCUAGCAAAUAAACCAGCAGCUGCUGGUCCAUGAACCAACUUGCCACUGAGAACAGGGCGCCGUCUGCAUGGGACAGGAUGCUUUUAUGGAGCUCCUCAGCAGCAUGGUUGAGAUCUUUCUUUGCAAAACAUACCUUCUUCUCAUAGCAGGUUCUUGCUUGGGGCUGAAGGUGACCGUGCCAUCACACACUGUCCAUGGCAUCAGGGGACAGGCCCUCUACCUCCCUGUGCACUAUGGCUUCCACACGCCAGCCUCUGACAUCCAGAUCAUAUGGCUGUUUGAAAGAUCCCACACAAUGCCCAAAUACUUGCUAGGCUCGGUCAAUAAGUCUGUGGUCCCCGACCUGGAGUACCAGCACAAGUUCACCAUGGUGCCACCCAAUGCUUCUCUGCUCAUCAACCCACUGCAGUUUGCUGAUGAGGGCAACUACAUCGUGAAGGUCAACAUCCAGGGGAAUGGAACUCUCUCCUCAAGUCAGAAGAUCCAAGUCACUGUUGAUGACCCUGUCACGAAGCCAGUGGUUCAGUCCCAUCCUGCUUCGGGGGCUGUGGAGUACGUGGGCAACAUCACGUUGACCUGCCAGGUGGAGGGAGGCACCAGGCUGGCUUACCAGUGGCGAAAAAAUGGGAAACCUGUUUGCAUCAGCUCCAGCCACUCCUUUUCUCCCCAAAACAACACCCUUUGGAUUGUUCCGGUGACAAAGGAAGACAUUGGGAACUACAGCUGCCUUGUGUCAAACCCUGUCAGUGAGAUGGAAAGUGAUAUCAUUAUGCCCACCAUAUAUUAUGGACCUUAUGGACUUCAGGUUAAUUCUGAUAAAGGGCUAAAAGUGGGAGAAGUGUUCACUGUUGACCUGGGAGAAGCCGUCCUCUUUGACUGUUCGGCUGAUUCAUAUCCCCCCAACACCUACUCCUGGAUCCGGCGGUCUGACAAUACAACCCAUGUCAUUAAGCAUGGGCCUCGGUUAGAAGUUGCCUCUGAGAAAGUGGCCCAGAAGACCACUGACUAUGUGUGCUGUGCUUACAACAAUAUAACGGGGAAACAAGAUGAAACUCGUUUCACCAUCAUCAUCACUUCCAUAGGACUGGAGAAGCUUGCACAAAAAGGAAAAUCACUGUCUCCAUUAGCGAGUAUAACUGGAAUAUCACUGUUUUUGAUUAUAUCCAUGUGUCUUCUUUUUCUGUGGAAAAAGUAUAAACCUUACAAAGCUAUAAGACAGAAGCUAGAAGGCAGACCAGAGUCAGAAUACAGAAAGGCCCAAACAUUUUCAGGCCAUGAAGAUGCUCUAGGUGACUUCGGAAUAUACGAAUUUGUGACUUUUCCGGAUGCGUCUGGUGUGCUCAGGAUGCCAAAUAGGUGCGCCCCCGUCUCUGAUGGUGUAACAGGGCCAGAUUUUCAUGGAACAAUUUAUGAAGUUAUUCAGCACAUCCCUGUACAACAGCAAGACCAUGAGGAGUGAGAGUCUGUGGGCAGAAGAGCACAUUGGAGUGAAAUAACAAAGAGACAUUUUGAAAGAAAACAGCUGGAAUCUGUGAAAAAAUAAAAUGCCAGCAAUUCUUAGUCACACUUCUGAAUGCAGAAUAGAGGUACCAGUGCAGACUGAUUGGCAGGUUUCUGAGACUCAUGCCAGGGGCUGUGUGACCAAGGAAUGUGGUGGGAAUAUUCCUCCGGGAACAGUGUUUAUUAUCCAGACUGGGAAGAAUGAAUGAGGAAGACGAGAAUGAAGGUCCCCCGUUGCUCCCUAUUGAAAGUUUCAAAAAUCCCAGCUAUGACUCACCUACACCCAACUCUUGUGAGUGCUGACACUACCCUGUGCCACUGAGAAACUUGGAGAUGUGACCUUGGUAAACGUUCGUGAUAAGCUUUGUUUUAUUAAAUGCUCAUUACAGUCGUGAAAAUACCUUU